UCCUUUAGGGUUUGCAAAGUUCCAGGGGUCUCCUUCUUUUUGUAGGAAGCCACAAGGUUACUGGAUCACAUGGCGUUUGCCAAUUACCAAGCCGGUCAAAGACGACGCGGGGCCGGGAGCAGCUCGCGAAGGACCUAAAGCCUCACGCGAGGACGCCUCGAAGCCUGGUCACCCGCCAGCAGCGACUGUAUCCUCACGGGGUGGCCACCACAGCAGGAGCCCCGAUGAGGACCCUGGGCUCCCCUCAUUACUCGUCUCCCUGGGAGUCAGGAGUCCAAGCUCCACAGUCUUGGGAGAAUCCACGGGUCCCAGAAAAUCCGGGCUGGGCGAAUGCCCCGGAUGCAUCUUCUCUCUGGGAUGAAGUGACUGCUCUCAGGUCCCAGCUUCGGUCCCAGGCGCAGACAACUGAGACACUGAGGUUAACCAUGCAGGACCUAUUGGAUGAGCGAGAGCAUCAGAAGUCCCAGAUCUGUUCCCUGGAAGCAUCAGUCCAGUUAUUGCUGGAGUCCCCAACUGGGACUGCCCUUCUCGAACAGCGCCUGGAGGAGCUGAGAAAGGAACUGCAAGAUCUUCGAAAUCAGGUGCGACCUCAAACACACACAGGAACAGGAAUGGACUGUGCUUCCAGUCGCCAUCACCAAGAGCUGCAGAAUGAGCGAGAGCUUCUGUGGAAGGAGUCAGAGGCCCUGAGGGAAGAACUAAAGUUGCUUCGAGACCAGCUGAGCCAGGACCAGGGACGACUGCUGAAACAGAUGACUGAAGGGAGGCCGACUCAGACCCAAAGCUGGAAGAUAUUGGAGCAGUUGCAAAGUGGCCAAGAGGGCAGUGGUCACACACUGGAGGAGACCAGGACAGCAGGCCAGGAUGACUGGCAGGAGGAUGAACUCAGGAACUCAAGUCCCGACCUCCAGAGUAAGCUUCCCGUGGCUGCCAGCUUUGCCAUGUCUCCUUCAUCUAACCCUGAAAUCAAUCUUCUAGGCAGUAACAGUAGCUGGGAUCUUUUAAGGAAGUACGGUGGGGAUCUCCAGGGGAAUUCCCUUUCUAACCUGAAGCUCAGCAGCUCACGGCUCCAGCUUCAGAGCCUUAAGCAGGAGGACCUUUCCCUUACAGGCUCUAAGAUGCUCCUGAGUGACCUGUAAGAAGAGGACCUGUAAGAAUAGGAAGAGGAAGGAAUUGUUCCUGACUCCCAGCCCUUUCCUGAUCAGCUGGUUUCUGUCCUCACUAUAGAGGCUUGUUACUGACUGCCAGUCCCUUCCCAUCAACUUUAAUAAAAUGGUUUAAUCCA